UCCUCAGAGUUAUUGUGUCUCCAUAAGUAACCAAUAUUGGUGGCUUAAAUUGUGAGAGUUAAGCCAUAUAUUCAACAUUUUGCUGGGGACCCAUCUAAGGUCCCUUGCGGUCCUAGAACUCUUUGAGAACCAGCAAGUUAGAUCAGCGGUGUCUCCUCCCAGCAUGUGGUAACGCCCUCUCUGGUCAUGGAGAUAAAAAGUCUGUUCCUCUCCGCUCUGUCCACGCACCGUUAGCAGCCCAUGAACACAUCACCGAGGCGUGUGUUUGCCCACCCUAUCCAUUCCUGUCCAGCCUGAGCUCCCUGCUCCCAUGUUUUGAACCCGCUCCGGGCGGAGACAGUUCACCAUGUCCACCGGGUCUCUCAGCGAUGUCGACGACGAGCUCCUGGACGGCAUCCUUAAGUUUGGCUCUUCCGGUAAGGACUCCAACGAGAGCACGGAGGAGAGCUCCAACUGCGAGGGCACUUGCGCAAACGACGACCGGAGAGGCGCGCCGGGCAAGAAGAGGAAGACAGCGUCUAGGAAAACGGGACCCAAAGGUGUGGCACAGCAGGAGGGCAAGCAGGUGCAGAGGAACGCUGCCAACGCCCGGGAGAGAGCCAGGAUGCGGGUCCUGUCCAAAGCCUUCUCCCGGCUGAAGACCUCUUUGCCCUGGGUACCCCCGGACACCAAGCUCUCCAAACUGGACACACUGCGCCUGGCGUCCAGCUACAUUGCGCACCUCCGGCAGAUACUGUCCAACGACAAAUAUGAAAACGGAUAUAUUCACCCCGUUAACCUGACGUGGCCUUUCAUGGUUGCAGGUAAGCCGGAGAACGAAUUGAAGGAAAUGCUGAGCACAACAAGGUUAUGUGGAACAACGGCGUCUUGAUGCAAAACCAAUCGGACACCUCUACACCUCUUUUUAAAGGAGCUAUGAUUUUUUUUUUCCCCAAGAAGAAAAACAAAAAGAUUGUGACAGAAAUUGACGUGUCAUCUCUGCAGACUUUGAGUGGGAAUAACGGAGGGAGGGUUGUCUUCUCUUCUUCGUUCCCGUAAAAACAAUUUUUAUUUAAAUGCAUUCUGUCACUUAUUUGUCUUUGCUGGUUCAAAGAUAAACUGCGUGCUUUUAAAUUGCUUUUUUUUAAAUACUCUGCAGAUGCAUUUUUUUACUUACUGCAGGCCUGUUUUGGCUGCUGCUUUGUGAUGGAUGGAUGUGUCCACUGUCUCAAAUGGUUGUACAGAUUACAUGUUAUAAAUAUAUAUUUGUAUCACUUUUACA